GCUCCCACAUGCCCCGAGCUAAGAAACAACCGAAGCCCGCACGCAGUGUCCAGAGCAAGGCGCCCUCGACAUCCACCAAGCCACCUGGGAAGACAGCGACGCGCAAACCGAAGGUCAUGCGCAACCGCUGGGAACAGCACAUAUAUGACAGCUACGGAGAUGAUCCUGCUUUCUCGAGCUUAUACAUCUCCGACGAGGAACUGAACGAAUUCUAUCGGUUACUUGGUGUACCCGAAUCAGACUUUGCACGCUACCGGGGCAAACACGACGCAGCGUAUAAUGCAGACAUCGACAAUCAUGGCGGAAAAGUUCCAUGUCAAGGAAGAAAACCGCAGCGAGACGAGGAUCCAGCCAGGGAGAACAUUCACAUCGUCCGCAUUCCUGACACCAGCCAUCUCGUCGUCAGGUUCUGGGACGGCGGCCUCGAAGAUGAGGGCCAAUUCUGCCUGGAUAUAUACAACAUGGCUACGAAGGUGCCGAUCAACUCAUCCGAACUUGGCUUCUCUAUCGAAGUAGCCCCUGUCGCGGGAACGCUCUCGGUGAUGUGCGCUGGAGACCUUGAAAGCUGGGAGGCCAGGUCAGGCUUUAAGCCAGGACAGAUAUUGCCAGGAGAAGAGCGCUUUAGUGUGAUUGAGGGCGCUUGCCUUGCCCUUCAUCGACCCGACUUCGAUCCUUUCUGGUUCAAAGUGCCGGAAACUACGCGUUCUGAAGCUGAAUCUAGCAAACGUCGCGACUCCGGAACCUCCUCCACACGCCAACCAAAGGUCAUGCGUAAUCGCUGGGAAAAAUACAAGCAUGACUUGUAUGGCGACGGCCCUAAGUAUGAACACUUGUACCUCUCCGACGAGAAACUGGACAACCUCUUCCGAAGACUUGGCAUACCAGAAUCUGAACUCGCGGAACAACGACGUCAGUACGAUGCAACAGUAAAUGAGAAGUUUGAGAGAAGUGGUGGUAGUGAGGGACGGGGUCUUUGCCAGGGCAGAAAACCGCAGCCCGAUGAUGAUCCCGCCAAAGACAACGUCCACAUAGUUCACGUUCCCGACACCAGUCACCUGGCGAUCAGAUUUUGGGAUGGUGGCCUCGAGGAUGAGGGACAGUUUUGUCUGGACAUCUACGAUAUCAAUGCCGAAGUUCCUGUCAACUCGUCUGAGCUUGGAUUCUCUCUUGAGGCUGCCUCUAUGCCGGGUACGCUGACUGUCCUGUGUGCUGGGAAGCUCAAGAGCUGGGAGGUCAGGUCAGGCUUUACGCCAGACCAGAUAUUUCCAGGAGAAGAACGUUUUAGCGUGAUUGAGGGUGCUUAUCUUGCUCUUCACCGGUCUAACUCGGAUCCCUUCUGGUUCAAAGUACCGACAAGACGUCGUCUGCCUGCUGGUCCCGCAUGCAGCGUCCGGGAUAAUGCGCCGACAUCCAGCAAGCCAUCCGGAGCGACAUCAACGCGCAGGCCGAGAGCCACGCGUAAUCGUUGGGAGAAGUACAUAGAUGACACAUGGGGGGAUAUCCCUGCUUUUGAUAAAGUCUACCUUUCCGACGACCAGCUGAAUGGUUACCUUCGACUCCUCCAUAUACCAGAAUCACAGCUCGCGGAUCACAGGCGCGAAUAUGACGCAAUAUUGGAGGGGCACCUUGAUCGCAACGGUGGAAAGAUCAAUUGCCAUGGUAUGAAACCACGGCCAGACGCAGACCCCAGCAGGGAGCACGUUCGUAUUGUCCGCAUCCCCGACACGAGAGGCCUUGUGAUUAGAAUAUGGGACGGAGGUCUUGAAGGGGAGGGUCAAUUCUGCUUGGACAUUUACGACAUGGACGCGAAGAUAGCUAUCAACUCCUCGGAACUCGGGUUCUCCUUCGAUGUUGCUUCCCUACCAGGAACCCUCUCGACUUUGUGCGCUGGACGCCUCCAAAGCUGGGAGGCCAACAUGGGGUUUACGCCUGACCAGAUAUUGCCGGGAGAAGAGCACUUUAGUGUUAUUGAGGGUGCUUACCUUGCUCUUUGUCGGCCCAAUCAGGACCUUUUCUGGUUCAAGAUGCCUACGAGAAAUCGUCUCCCUCCUGGUGUAGAACGGGCUGCGUCGCCUGUUUCUCUGUAGAUGCUAGACUUACGUACUAGCCUUGUGCCGUC